AUGGAAGAAAGGAAUCUUCUCACAUGGACGGCGAUCGUCACAGCACUUGCCCAAAGAGGGCAUUUGGACAAAGCAAAGAGUUUCUUUGAUCGAAUGCCGCAACGCAGCUUGAUCGCCUGGAAUGCCGUGAUUGUUGGCUACUGUCGCGAGCCCGAGCGAUUGGACGAGGCCAGGGAGCUUUUCGAUGCUAUGCCGGAGAGGGAUUGUGUGUCUUGUAAUGCAAUGAUCGGCAUCUAUGGCGAUAGAGGAGACAUCGCUCAAGCAAGAACGAUAUUCUCGCAAUUCCGGGGCGAGGAAAGUGUGUCUCUGAGCACGGCGAUGGUCGUGGCAUAUUCGCACAAUGGGCAUUUGCUUGAGGCUAGGAAUGUGUUUGAUAGAGCGCUGGAAAAGGAUAUAGUGUUGUGGAAUGCAAUGCUUUGUGGAUACGCACACAAUAGUUGUUUAGAUCAAGCACGGAGUUUUCUUAGCAUAAUGCCCGAGUAUAACACGGCCACCUGGAAUAUUCUAAUAACCGCAAAUGCCCGGGAGAGAGAUGUUUCGUUAGCCAGGGAAGUUUUUGACAAAAUGCCUGUCGAAAAGAAUGUAGUGACAUGGAAUGCAUUGCUAGGCGCUCUCUCUCAAAAUGGCCUCUGUCAAGAGGCACUGAGGCUUUUUCGGCUUAUGGAUCUGGAGGGAAUGCCCUUCAAUGAAGUGACUCUAGUCACAGCACUAGAUUCCUGCGUGGAGAUUGAAGAUGCGAGAAUCCUCCACGACUGUAUAAAUGGAAAAGGCUACGGUUGUAGUGUUUUGGUAGGAAAUGCGCUUGUAAGUUUGUAUUCUAGAUGUGGGUCUCUAGAAGAUGUGAAGUGUGCUUUCGAUGCGAUGCCCACCCAUAGCAUAUCAUCGUGGAAUACCAUGAUCGUUGCAUAUAGCCGGAAUGGACAUAUAGAUCUAGCAAAGACAAUGUUCCAGCAAAUGCCACAGAGGAAUAUCCUUUCGUUGAAUUCGAUGGUCUCGGCAUAUGCCCAAAACGGCCAUAGUGACUUGGCAAUUGAAUUAAAGUCCAGCCAAUUUGAUGAAGUGACACUAGCGGCAUUGGUUGAUGCGUGUGCUAGCUUGAGUGACCCUUUGGAGGGGAGACUAAUCCACAGAGAGGCCGUCAAAGCGGGGCUCCAGGCGGAUCUAACGGUCAGGAACUCGCUGAUCAACAUGUACGGCAAAUGCGGCAGCGUGCGGGAGGCCGCGACUGUCAUGGAGACAAUGACGUGCCGUGACGUGCUAACCUGGAAUGCCAUGCUGACGGCCUAUUGCCAGAACAGCAUGAUCCCAAGUGGACUGGAGAUGUUGCUGGUGAUGAGGAUGGAGGGGAUCGAGCCGGAUACCACCACGCAUUCCAUCGUACUGUCGGCAUUUAGCCACGCUGGCAUGGUGGAAGAUGCCUGCGCGUACGUGGCUGGAUUUGCCGGGCAUUUGGACUCCGACCACUACAUGUGCGUGGUGGAUCUCCUCGGCCGCGCUGGCAUACUCGAUAUGGCGUGGAUGCUGAUUCAGCAGGCGCCACGUCAGAAAGGGGACGAUCCCUUGCUGCCUUGGACAACGCUCCUUGCGGCGUGUAGAAUGCACGGGGAUGGGAAGACUGGCUUAAACGCCGCAAAGAAUGCGAUUAGUUUAAACCCUUGUAAAUCAUCGCCCUACAUUCUCGCCUCCUCAACCAUGUGGUGA